AUGACCGUCAGAGGUCUUCGUCAAUGUAUUUUUAAGUCGGGAGGGAAGCGUGUAUGCUUUUACCGUCUACAUUACCUACUAAUAUCUCGAGGACACGUACAACGUUUUGUAUACGUUAUUCCGUCCGAUUCAACGUUUGAUUUUCUUUUCAUUUUACGGUUUGCGUACACCGCAGGUUGGGGUCAAACGGUUUUUGGUGGUCAGCUCAGCGAUGUUCUGCUGGAAGUGGCGAUACCGAUAUGGGAACACGACCAGUGCGUGGCGGCUUUUUCGCAACCGAUUUUCAAGACAAACCUGUGCGCUGCGUCCUACGAGGGUGGCAAAGACAGUUGUUUGGGCGAUUCUGGCGGUCCGCUGUUGGCGCAGAGACAGGACGGCAAGUGGACCAACGUCGGCAUAGUGUCGUGGGGCAUUAGCUGCGGCGAGCCCGGCAUACCCGGCGUUUACACCAAAGUCACUUCGUUCCUGAAAUGGAUAUCCGUAAAUGCGCAAGACACCGUUUGACUGUCACCGGACACGUCUAUGACGCGUCCGUUGCGUCAACAGCACCGCAGCCACCAAGGCUGUUACUUCGGAACGCACUCUUUUUUUAAUUUAAAAAUAUUAAUAACUAUUGGAUAUUAUUUAUUUCGAUGACCGCCUUGACUAAUACGUUGGGACGUCGAAGGUUUUGUAAAUAAAACGCACAACUUUGACCAUUUCAAUUUUUAACAUGAAAUGCGAAUUUUUCGUUUUUUGUUUCUACUGAGAAUCGUCGCACCCCCAGGACAUAAGGGGGUACCUCUCCCUCCCCCCUUGCUACGGUCCGGUGUAUCGUUUUGCAAUAUGUCCAUGACGCAUACCAUAAUCAACAUAAUCGCAAAUCAAUAAUUUAUAUCUUAUUAACACGUGUUCGACCGACGAUGAUGAACGUAUAUUUUAUAAUACUUACAUUAGCAUUUCAAUCGACUACUCACGAUAUAUAAUGUAAUACUUGUGCACUCCAAAAACCUCCCAAACAAUUUUAGACAUAGGUACACAUUUUUGUAUAAAAAUAAUAUUCACAUUUAUUUUAUAUAUUAAAUUGACUAUGUUUUAUCUAUUUA